AUGAGAAUACCUCUAGAGUUACUGCCCUUCAGCAGUCUUUCAUCGUUAGACUUGUUCGGGUCGCUAUUUGAUUUUACAAGUUCAUCGCCGUCAUGUCCUUCGGGCUUGCCGUUGACAUGCUCAAACCAUACUGCUAUCGUAGAUACCUGUUGCUUUGAGCAUCCGGGUGGAAUAAUGCUGCAGACUCAGUUUUGGGAUUACACUCCACCACGAGGCAUGGAUUCUGGUCCCUGGAACGACGAUCUCGAGAAGCAUUUGGGACCAAACACUUCUUUCACGAACCAUGGGCUGUGGCCAGAUAACUGUGAUGGUGGCUAUCAACAAUUUUGCGACAGUUCCAGACAGAUAGACGAUGUAUACCACCUACUGGAAUCUGACCAGUUCAAUCGCGGGGACGGACUGGAAAUCCGGGGUAAAGACCUGUUAGAAGAUAUGGAUAAGUUCUGGAAAAGUAACACCGGAGACGAUGAGUCUUUGUGGAUUCACGAAUUCAACAAACAUGCAACUUGUAUCAAGACGAUAAGGCCCGAAUGUUACGCUAGGUGGGAUCGCUCUAGUGUUACCAGAAAUGUAGAAGAUUACGACAAAACAGCGGUCUACGACUAUUACAGAAUUGCUAUGAAGCUGUAUCAGAGUCUGGAUACUUUCAAAGCUCUUGAAAAGCACAACAUUGUCCCCUCGACGACUAAGAGCUAUACUCGCGAGGAAAUCAGCCAAGCUUUGAGCUCUGCGUUCCAGGAUAAGAAAGUUUUCUUCAAAUGCGACCGCAGCAGAAGUCUAAAUGAAAUUUGGUAUUACCAUUUGCUCAAAGGGAGUUUGUUAAGUGAGGACUUCAGAGCCAUUGACGCUCUAGGUGCCACUUCAAACUGUCCUGCGGAUGGUAUAAUGUUCUAUCCCAAAGGAUACCGGCCCGGGAAUGGACGGAAGCCAGGGAAUCCCGGAAAUGGAAAACCUGGCAUCAGAGGUAUUAUUCGCAUCAGUGGCUUUUCUGGUAUGAUUAUCAGAAAUGGUCAUUGGAUGUCCUCUGGUACACCAGCAAAUUUUAAUCUUAUUGAGGCGCCCUUUGGUAACUACUACCUCAAAUCUAGAACUGGAUAUUGCGGCCCUGACGACCGUCACGAUGGUGCAUUGAUCUGCAACAAAGGCUUGGGGAAUGCGGCGCAGUUCGAAUACGACAGUCAAAAAGGAUAUCUGGGAUUUUCUGGUAGUUUUGACUGGCACGCUGACGAAUAUCCAAGAAGACGUCAACAGUCACUCGUCUACGCCGGUCGUUCUGAGGAUUCGAAAUACCCGUUCAAACUAAAAUUCGUUAAAACUCACUAA